CCGCAAUAUCACUCAAUGGCUUUUACCGCAGGUAGAGGAGGCAGCAGAGGCGGAUCCCGAGGACGGAGAGGUUCUGAGGGGUUUUCUCGUGGUCGAGGCGGUGGUCCUAGAGGCGGCGCAUCUCGUGGAGGCUUUUCUCGUGGAGGCCGUGGCGGUCCUAGAGGUAGAGGACGCAAGAGACCUGUGUUUGACAGCGCAAGAUUAGCCCAGCAGAAAGAGGAGUAUGUCAUUUCUUGAUUGGAUACUAGGAAUGAGAAGCUGACAACGUCCAGAGAAGAAAACCAAAAAUCAGAUUCAGAAAACGCAUCUGAAGAGGACGAGGAAGCAGUGUCCAGCGAAGAAGAAUCUUCUGACUCCGACGACGAACCACUUCCAUCUGUGCGCCCGUAUUCUGCAUUAAUACAAAGUCUUACAGCCGAUGCGGGACCACAAGCUAAAAGGAGAAAGUUGGAUCAUACGUCAGUAUCUAAGGUCGAGGAGGGGAAGGAUGAUGAUGCUGCGGAAGAUUCAGAUAUACCCGCAGAGGACGCCGACGAGGUCGAAGAAGAAGAAGAAGAAGAAGAAGAAGAAGAAGAAGAAGAAGAAGGACCAGAUGCUGCGACUGAAGGGUUACUGGAUGAUGACGACGAAGACGAGGAGGAAGGGGAUGCCUCAGAUCCCUUCGAGGCAUAUUUCGCUGAUCCGGACAAUAAUAUUUUAAGUCAAAGACUUGAAGCAAUACAAAAAAGUCGAUGGGCAACGAAGAAAUCGAUCUUGCCCCGAGUUGGAAAGGCAGUGAUAUGUGUUCCCACAACUGAUACGGAUUUCCCAAGUCAGGCCUUGCCCAGUUCAGUUUCUGAUCACAGUGAUCUUAAAUUGAAGCAAAAGUUGACUGGAGUUAUAUCUAAGCAAAAACCUACAUUCGACGAUUUGGAGAAGAUUAUCGCUUCGCAUCUGUUUGGCUAUCAGGAUAUAUUAUACUGCGAGCGAAAAUCGUCCAAUUCAGAAAAUCUACGACGACUAACAUGCUUGCAUGCUAUUAAUCAUGUUUUCAAGUAAGUCUUUUCUGACGGAGAUUUAUCUUUACACAGCUGAUCUUCACAGAACCCGGGAUCGUGUAAUAAAAAACAAUGCUCGUUUAGCCAAAGAAGGGAAUGAAGACCUUGAGUUCAGAGACCAAGGGUUCACUCGACCGAAGGUUCUCAUGAUACUACCUACUCGUGAAUCUUGUUGCAGAAUGGUUAACACAAUUACGUCUUUAUGUGAACCAGAACAACAAGAAAACCGAAAAAGAUUCGAAGAUUCAUAUGUUGAGAAAGAUGAGAAAUUUUCCACCGAUAAGCCAAGCGACUUCAGAGAACUUUUUGGAGGAAAUGAUGAUGACAUGUUUCGACUGGGACUCAAAUUUACUCGGAAAACGAUCAAGUACUUUUCGCAAUUCUACAACUCCGAUAUCAUAUUUACAAGUCCCUUGGGAUUGCGAAUGGCUUUGGAAGGCAAAGAGGACAAGAAAGGAGAUUCGGAUUUUUUGAGCUCCAUAGAAAUGGUCAUUGUUGACCAGGCAGACGCAUUGCUUCAACAAAACUGGGAGCACGUGGAAUACAUUUUCGAACACCUGAAUCUUCAGCCGAAAGAAGCUCAUGGUUGCGACUUCAGUCGUGUCAGAAGUUGGUAUUUGGAUAACAACGCUCAGUACUUCCGACAAGUCAUUGCACUCACUGCUUUUAACACGCCAGAGCUUAACACUUUAUUUUUCAACAAGUCCAAGAAUUGGGCUGGGAAGAUCAAGAUUAACGACAACUACAACGGUGCCAUUCAAGAGCUAGGCUUGAAGGUCAAGCAAACCUUUUCUCGAUUGGAAUCGCCUUCUUUUGCCGACGACCCAGAUGCUCGUUUUACUUACUUCACAAGCGUCACCAUUCCGGCGCUGACACGAAGAGCGAAAGAUACCAUGGGAACCGUCAUAUUUAUUCCAUCCUAUCUAGACUUUGUCAGAGUGAGAAACUAUUUUCUGACAUCACCCUCAACUAGCAGUCUGCCCUUUGGAAGUAUAUCAGAAUACACUAGUGUAAGGGACGUUGCGAGAGCCAGAUCUCAUUUCUUUAGUGGACGACACAGUGUAUUGCUAUACACAGAGCGAGCACAUCAUUUCAGAAGAUAUCAAUUGCGAGGAGUCAGAAAAGUCAUCAUGUAUGGAUUGCCUGACAAUCCAAUUUUCUAUAACGAGAUGGUUGCUGGCUAUUUGGGGCGAAGUGUGCAAGAAGGUAAAGUGGCACCUGGAGAAGGAACUGUCAGAGCUAUUUUCUCCAAAUGGGAUGUACUGAAAUUGGAGAGAAUCAUUGGCACAGAAAGAGUGGCCAAGAUGAUCCGAGAUAAAGGGGAUACCUUCGACUUCCUGUAGAAAUAAAAGUGUCAUAGUGGAUCCAUAAA